AAUUGAGUGACUUGCUGUCACAAAAUCUUCAUGUCUAUGUCGUCGUUUACCGCCACCUUUCUUCUCUCUCAUUAAUGCUUUCUUUUUGGGUUUUGAAAGACAGAGAGAGAGAGAACCCUAAGCAUUCACUUAGUCUCUUUGUCCCUCUUCCUUAAGCACGUCUUCACCAAAAACAGUAUAUAUAUAUAUAUAUUAAAGCUUUUGUCAGUUUUCCUGCUUUACUUAUAACCCAUCCACGGAUUUCUCAUUCAUAAUGGGCAUGGCUUUGUUUUCAUUCUGAUAUAAAUAUACGGUAAAGCCUUAGCUUUUUAGCUUUCAAACCAAACACCAUUUUUUUUGCUUCCCUUCUCUGCUUCCUUGUUUGAAUUUUUACAAGUUAUUAUUAUGGUUGUUCAAUCACAGGUGUAUCCUGAAAACUUGGGUUUACUACCUUGGCCCAUGUGCGCCCUUCAGGAUUGGAUGCAACCAAUCCCUGCACCACCUCAGCCUGUUUUCUGUUUCAGUCUUCAACAACCUUCUCAAAAUACGCUUCCUUUUCAUCUACAACAAAACGCUCACAACUUGGCUUCUACUUCUUCUCCUUCGUCGUCUUCAUUGUCAAUGUGUGAUAAUUUUCUCUCCAUGACACUUACUCAAGCUUUAGAUGCUCAACUUGAGGUGCAAAGGCAGGAACUUGAUUGCAUUCUUCAUUUUCAGAAUGAGAGGCUAAAAUCUGUAUUACGAGAGCAAAGGAGGCGACAACUAGGUACGCUACUAAAGACCAUGGAAUGGAAGGCUUUAUAUUUGAUGAAGCGAAAAGAAGAAGACUUGGCACGAGCAACAAAGAAAACAAUGGAGCUCGAAGCUUGCUUGAAGAAAGCCGAAAUGGAGAGCGAGUGGUGGGAAAGGCUUGCCAAAGCAAAUGAAGCAAUGGUUAUGGAUUUAAGCAACACAAUGGAACAGGUCAAAGAGGAGCUAAUCAGGGUCAGCAAUAAUAAUACAGCCGAAGAUACCGAGUCCCAUUGCUGCGGCUCAUGCGAUCAAAGAGAUGAUGAACAAGGAGAAAAGAAGAGCAAAAAGGUUGCUUGCAAACACUGCAGGUCUAGGAGCUCGUGCGUUCUGUUCCUACCUUGCAGACACCUUUGCUCGUGCAUCUCUUGUGAAGCUUUACUUGAUUCUUGUCCUGUCUGUAAAUCUGUAAAGGAGGCUAGCAUGAACGUAUUUUGGGUUUAACAAGAAAGCUUUUCUGGGUCUAGGUUCAACAGAUUUUCUAUUAUUAUUUUUUCUUCUGUUGUUUGUCUACUCUAAAUGAUGAUAGUAUCGGUUCGGUGGAGAA